UUGCCGUAGAAGGACGUAUGAGGAAGCGGAAGAGUCGGGCGUGUCUCUGCGUAUCGUUCAGAGAGGGCUCAGCCUUAAAUGCGUCAUCCGUUGCCAGCAAAGGGAGAGUCACUUGUCGACCGGAGACGAGCGCAUACACAAUGGCAUCAUCCACCCCGCUAUCUGAAGCCAACACCACUUUCUCCCUGGAUUUGUUGAAAAAGCUGACUGAAGAAAAGAAGACUGGCAAUGUCUUUUACUCUCCUCUCAGCAUCUCCUCUGCUCUGGCCAUGGUGAUGCUGGGGGCCAGGGGCAACACAGCCACACAGAUGUCAGAGGUCCUCUGCUUCUCAAAGGCAGAGAAGCCAAGGGAGACGGGAGCAGAGCAGAUGCAGAUGCAGCAACAGGUCCAGAUCAGCAAACUCCCACUGCAUCUGCUGACAGCGUCCCUGCAACUACAGAAGGCCGAGGGUGACGUCCAUGUCGGCUUUGCUAAACUGAUGAGUGAGCUGAACAGGCCGGGAACACCGUACUCCCUCAGCCUGGCCAACAGGCUGUAUGGAGAGCAGUCCUACCAGUUUGUGGAGGAGUUUCUUGGGGAAACCAGGAAGCACUACAAUGCAGAGCUGGUGCCUGUGGAUUUCCGGACCAAUUCAGAGAGGGCCAGGGUUGACAUCAACACCUGGGUGGAAAAGCAGACACAAGAUAAGAUCAAGAAUCUGCUGAAAAAGGGAAUAGUGGAUGAAAUGACCAGACUGGUGCUGGUCAACGCCAUCUACUUUAAAGGCAACUGGGACAAGCAGUUCAAGGCGGACCUCACAUCUGACUCUACAUUCAGACUCAAUAAGAACGAGACUAAAACAGUGAAGAUGAUGUACCAGAAAGGAAAAUUCCCUCUCACCUUUAUUCCUGAGGUCAACUGCCAGAUCCUUGAGAUGCCCUACACAGGGAAAGACCUCAGCAUGGUUAUCAUUCUACCCAAUGAUAUGGAGGAUAACACCACAGGACUGGAGAAAAUAGAGAGCAAGCUGACUUACGAGAGUUUUGUGGACUGGACUCGUCCAGACAUGAUGGACAAGAUAGAGGUCAAAGUUGGCCUGCCUCGUUUUAAGAUGGAGGAAACGUAUGACAUGAACGCGAUCCUGACAAGCAUGGGAAUGAGGGAUGCCUUCGAUCAACGGUGCAGUGACUUCUCUGGCAUGUCUACGGCCAACGAUCUAGUGUUGUCCACGGUGGUACACAAGGCAUUUGUGGAGGUCAACGAGGAGGGCACAGAGGCUGCUGCUGCCACUGCUGCCGUCAUGAUGACACGUAGUUCACGAAUGCCUGCCGCCUUCAUCGCAGACCACCCUUUCCUGUUUUUCAUCCGACACAACUCCAGCAGUAGCAUCCUUUUCGCCGGCCGAUACUGCUCCCCUGCAUGAGCACUGUCUCCUAAGAGCAGAUGUGGGCCACCAGAUUUUCCGUCCAACCAUCACUACACCAUCUGAUUUCACUGAUUAGUUUGUCCUCUUUGGCUGAAGGUGCACUCAUCCAUGAGAUCAGCUGGCUUGGCGUUUGGUUGGAGGAAAAACCUGCAUCUUGGCACUCUGUGGCACAUGGAUGCUUAUGUCUGUCUACUUUAGAGAGUAUACAUGCCAUGAGAUCGCAUUGAUUAAUCACACUUUGAGUUGUUUUCCCAUAUUUUCAAGGCAAUUUGCUGUCAGAAAUCCUUUUAGGUGAGCUAGGAUAUAGGAUUUCAACAGGAUUUUCAAACAUUCAUGUAAGGUUGCUUAAUCUGCAUCCACAGUCAUUUUAGUCUGUGUUUAUUCUAUGGUUUUCAUUAUGGAGACAUUAUGCGAAAGCAUAAUGUCUCCAUAAUGAGUGGAGAUGAGAAAUGGUGGCGUGAGAGGGUCAGAGCCAUCCGAGGAUACUCGACCUGAUGAUGAUGAUGAUGCCUUUGUACUUUGGAUCUGGAUCCCUUAUUCAGCAGCCUAAAGAUCUCAAGCAUGUUAUGGCCUACAUUGCUUUUCUGUGGUAUCUUGUGCAAUAGUGUCUGUGAUUAUAUACCCACACGCUGCAUAUGCAGACUGUAGUUUAUCUUAUUUUAUAUCUUAUUCCCAUGAACUUAAUAGGAUUUGCAUUCAUUAUACUUUAUAUUGUGCUGGUUUAAACAGCUAACAGAGGUCUUAAUUAUUACUCCACCCUCUGUAUGUGUUAGUGCUAUGCUAUACAACCUAGCACCCAAGGGACUUAUUUAUUUUUUCAUAGAGAAUAUACAUAUGUCCACUAUGUGUUUGAUGUUUUUAAUGAAACCAAAGAGAGUAAUCUAAUGAAAUCAAAUUGUCAGACCCAGACAAUAUUUGUGCCUUAUCAUGAUUGUUAUUUUACACAUAACUGUACAAAGUGCAACUAUACACAUAUUGUCCUUUAUGAUGAAUGGAUAGAGUGUAAAGAACUAGAGUUUUAAUGAAGACUUGAGUUUGCAUUGAUUACAGGAUACUUUAAAGUGUGCUCAUACUUACGCAGAAGAAAAUAAAAAGUAUUUGACUAUACUUUUAUG